AUGCCUCCCUACAAACUCACCUACUUCAACCUUCGUGGAUGGGCCGAGCCGGCUCGCCAACUUUUCAAACUGGCGCACGUGUCGUUUGAAGACGUGCGAGUCGAGAACGGAACGCCCGAGUGGGAGGCGUUGAAGCCCAGUGAGCUAUUUUCGGUUUUGACAUUGAUUACCGAUAGAAAUUUCCAGAAACUCCGUUCGGACAGCUUCCGGUCCUUUCGGUUGAUGGCUUCGAGAUCCCCCAAUCGGCCGCCAUCCUCCGAUACCUCGCCAACAAAUUCGGAUACGCCGGAAAGAGUGCGGAGGAGCAGGCGUGGGCGGACGCCAUCGUCGAUCAGUUCAAGGACUUUGUCGGCCCACUCCGUCAACUGAUUAUGGCUCAGAGAGCCGGCGAACCGCAAGAAAUCGAACGUGUCAAGAAAGAGAUUUUCGCGCCCGCCAGAGACGUUCUCUUCACGGCACUCAACGGAAUUCUCGCGAAGAGCAAGUCGGGAUGGCUCGUCGGAGAUGGGAUUACGUGGGCGGAUUUGGUGAUCGCCGACAUUUUGUACACGAUGGAGAAGCUCGGAGUGUUCGACGGAUCGGCCGCGGAGAAUCGGAAGUUGACGGCGUUCCGGGAGAAGGUCAACGAGGUGCCGGAGAUCAAGCAGCACAAUGAGAACCGACCGGAUUCCGUUGUCUAAAUGAAAUCGUUGCAAAUAAACGUAUUUUACUGUUAAUCUUCUCAAUUUUUCUCCGGAACAUUGCAUCGAUACGGCAGCCAAAAAGACAAAGAGCCUCGUGCCGGCCAGAGACAAGUUCCUGCCAAUCAUCGCAAAGUUCUUGAAGGACAGCACCUCUUGAUUAUUGCUGAGUGGAUCCUGAUCAUCAGUGACACAAUGAGAACUCUGCUCCGCUGGUGGCCCGACAACCUUCAGGGAGAAGAUCGAUUCGAAGAGCGGUGAUGAGCGGUGAUGAAUUGAACGGGCGCUAGACUCGGUGCCGAAGAUCUUUUGAACUUUCCGGUUGCCUCGAAAACGACCCCUACCCUAUUGUCAUCAUGAUCAUCAUGAUCAUCGUCGUCGAAAAACGAAACGAAAAAAGUUUCUUUCGUCGGUAUCAGCAUAGAAUGGUGUGUUUCGGUGAUCUCUCUCUCUCUCUCUCUCUCUCCUCAAUCAUAUCAAUCACCACGUUGUUCUGCAGAGACACAAGAGACGGAGACACGUGGCAGUCUGGUAUAAAAGUCGACGGCGAUCAGUGUCUGCCGUCGAGAAGAAGAAGAAGAAGAUGCCCGAGUACAAGCUCUAUUAUUUCCAAGGCCGUGGAUUGGGAGAUGUUUCCAGACAGGUACGGUUCUCUCUAUUGUAUGUGUUCAACUAAAAAACCAACCUUUUUAGCUGUUCGCCCUCUCCGGCACUCCAUUCGAGGACAUUCGUGUCGAACAGUCCGAAUGGCAGGCGGGAGACUGGAAAUCGAAAAUGCCCUUCGGUCAAAUGCCAGUCCUGGAGCUCCCCUCUGGCCGUAAGAUCCCACAAUCUCUGGCCGUCGCCCGAUUCCUCGCCAAAAAGUUCGGCUACGCCGGAAAGACGGACGAGGAGGCGGCUCUCGCGGACGCGCUCGCCGAUCAGUUCAAGGAUUUCUACGCGGAGAUCAGACCGUACUACUACGGAAGACUCGGACUCGUUGCCGCUGACGUCGAAGCCGCCAAAACGAACUGUCUGAUUCCGGCCCGCGACAAGUUCCUGCCGAUUCUCGUAAAGUUCUUGAAGGAAAGCAACUCUGGCUUUUUGCUGAGCGGAGGGCUCACUUAUGCGGACCUGAUCAUCAGUGACAACAUGAGAACUCUGCUCGGCUGGUGGCCCGAGUACCUUCAGCCGUACCCGGAGGUCCAAGCCUGGUUCAAGAAGAUCGAUUCGAUUCCGGAGAUCAAGAAGCAUCUCGCCUCUCAUCCAGACUUAGGAUUCUAA